AUGAAGAUGGAGGACUAUGAAAUAUUCUGUAAGAAGCAUCUUUCUAGAAUCCAAGAAGAAGCAAUAAAAAGAGAAACACCUUUCACUGUUCAGCACAAAAGUAUCUCCCUCAUUCAAUUCCAUGGCAUUCCUGUGCUUUCCCCUCUGCUUAGCCUUGAGAAGAGAAAGGAAAUCCAGCAAUAUAAACAGAAAGCACUGGACCUAGAGACCUGGAGACAGAACUCACGGAAAAGUGCUUUACUGGAUCGAGUGCAGGAGAUUCUGGAAAAUAUUCAGAUCAGGAAACGACCCAAUGUAAGUGACAUAAACAUGGAAGAGGCUGAGAAUCCUUGCCCUGAUCGAGAUUCAGAAGCUUCGACUGACUUGGCAGCUCUAUCAGAUGCCAAUUUGGCAUGUUCUCCUAAAAGCCAUAGUCCCACAGAGCUUAAAAAGACACCAGAACUUACGCCAUCAGAUACUAUUGGGCAGGGGACAUCAAAUGUGACAGAAGUAGUUAAAGCAGCAGAAGAAAAUGUUUUUUCAAAGCAAAGUGAGAGUCAGGUCUCAAAAGAGGUACCUUGUCCAAGGGCUGCAUCUCCUGACAACGUGCAUGAUAAGCUUGUGUCAAAUGCUUUGCAAAAGGAAGGGGGACUAGGAGUGCUACCAGCAGAUGAGGAAGUCCAGGAUCCCUAUGUCAUGAGUCUUCAGAACCUGAUAAAAAAAUCGAGGGAGCAUAUAGAGAAAGAGCAAGCCAAGCGUAGCUCAAAAAGUAGUUCAAAGAGAAGUAUGAGUGAAAGUCACUCAGACAAAGAAAAUGAUGGUGUUAAAACAACUGACUCUGUGAAAGAAAGAGGAAAGCUUGCAGGCAGGAGUUGCACCACUCUGACACUUGAUAAACCCAGUCUUAGUAAAUCAAAUACUUUUCUCCAAGGUGCCUCUACUCAUACAACGAACACAAAUAUGUCCGCUUCAUCCAGCUUUUCUAAAGUGGACAUACCUGUGAGAGUUGGAACACCCCCACUGGUGGAUUCAGAUUCGGAUGAGGAAGUCAGAAAGACUUGUACGUUUGAUCGUGACAGCAGCAUUCUCAGGAGCCUCAUGGGCUCUUACGCCAAGUUGCCCAGCCCAGAGCCGAGCAUGAGCCCUAAAAUGCACCGGAGGCGCCCGAGGCCUUUGUCGAUGGGACACAUCGUGAUAAACAACCCUGUGAACGCCUACGAGCUGAGUCCCAAAGGCAAGGGCAGAGCCAUGGAUUUAAUCAUGCAAGAUAUUGCUGAUAAAAAUAACGUGUCUGAAUCGGUGCCAAGGUUCAUGCUGGACUUCACUAUGGUCUGCCCUAGCAGAGUUCCUGGUGUCAACAGGAAUACUUUGGGCCCUUGUGAUGGGCUGGGAGUUGGCAAACCGAAUCGCCAUUCCUUUGGGCACUUGGAAAGCAAAGGAACGUUGUCAGCUACAGUGGAAGGACAGGUAGUGCUGGACAGCCGAGGGCCCUGUAAAGUGGAGACCAGUACUAACAUUGUGGCUCCAAAACUGAGCGAGCCAUUUCCUGUCUGUCAGUCUACGGUAGCACAGAAGCUCCUAACUGCAAAUGAAACCAAACCACCGGGUGCUCUAGAAAAUGCUAAAUGUAAUUCUCCACUGGAACUCAAUAAAUCUUAUGAUGUAGAAAACCCAUCCCCACUGCUAAUGCAGAGCAAGGCCAUGCGGCAGCAGGUGGACACUCCAAGUGUUUCUCCAGCAAAGGAGCAAUUCCUAGAGAGCAGUUUUGAAAAGGUAAAACGUAGACUUGACUUGGACACCGACAGCUGCCAAAAAGAAAGCAGUCCUUGCAUCAUAGCAGUUGGAGUGGAAGAACAAGAGAAGCAGUGGUUGCAAGAGCAGAAAUAUCCUGUGGGAUCAGUUUGCAUUACCAAGAAUGCAGCCCCUGAUAGUAUGGCAAAAGAAGAUAUUUUAAAAACUAAGAUGUUGGCCUUUGAAGAAAUGAGGAAGAGACUUGAAGAACAGCAUGCACAACAGCUGUCCAUUCUGAUAGCCGAACAAGAGAGAGAACAGGAGAAAUUGCAGAAGGAACUGGAAGAGCAGGAGAGAAAGUUGAAAGGAAAGAAGGUUGCUACAACAGAGAUAGAAAUUUCCAAAGUGAAUAUUAACAGUAGGAUGGAGUUGGAGUGGAGGAAAAAAAGCGAAAGUGGCUUGCUGGAAAGUGUGCAGUCUCAGCUGGAGACAGUCCAUAAUGCAAACUCUACCAGCAUUGGUUUUGCUCAUGCUACACCUGACACCUUUACUUCAACCAGUGAAACUUCCUUCUUUCUCUGGGGACCAUCAGGUAGUGGUGUUAUAAAAACCUCAGUAUCUAGGCCAAGUAACAGGAUCAAAACUAGAUGGACUCAGUUUCUCAGUCCAGAGGUACAAGUGAAGUUUGAUAAGAUCACUGCUGUGGCAAAGGGAUUUCUCACUCGUAGACUCCUGCAGACAGAAAAACUGAAGCAUCUUAAGCAAACUGUAAAAGAUACUAUGGAGUUCAUAAAAAAUUUUCAGUCUGAAGCCCCGUUAAAAAGAGGAAGUGUUUCAGCUCAAGAUGCAUCCCUUCAUGAAAGAGUAAUGGCUCAGCUGCGAGCAGCCCUGUAUGACAUCCACGACAUCUUUUUCACGAUGGAGGCCUCGGAAAGGAUGAACAUUCUGCGUCAUGACCGUGAAGUGCGGAAAGAGAAGAUGCUCAGGCAAAUGGAUAAAGUGAAGAGUCCAAGAGAGAGAGUGACACUUUCAACGGCUACACAGAAAUCUCUGGACAGGAAAAAGUACAUGAAGGCUUCAGAAAUGGGAAUGCCAAGUAAAAAAAUAAUCAUAAAACAAAAAACUCCUGAAAGCCGCGUGCUUCAACCAAACCAAGGACAGAAUGCCCCAGUUCACAGACUGCUUUGCAGACAAGGCACCCCUAAGACCUCAGUGAAGGGGGUUGAGCAAAAUAAAAAGAAGGCCUCAGAGAGCAGAGUGUCUAACAAGGCUGUUUCAGGAGUAUAUGCAGGAAGAACCCAAAGAAAGAAGCCAAAUGUUGUGACAAUUUAAGAAGACAGCACUCCCUGGGAUAAAUGGCUUUGUUAAUGAUGGCAUUCUCAGCAUGAAUGCAAACACUGCAAACAUACUUUGUCACUUCCAGACGAUGACACAUUGAUACAAUCACCUUGAAGUAAUAAAGGGCUGUGAAGCUCUAAUACUUGUGCAUGUGAAAACUUAUUACAUAUUCAUACUACUGCGUGCACAUAAGCUUCAUAAUCUUGUUUAAUUAAAGACCACCACAGGGCAAUGUUAUUUUUUUUCACACUCUGACUUAAGAUUUUUGCAUUACUUAAACCUGCAAUUUCUGUGUAUGUU